AUGAACGUACCCCCAGUUAAGGAGAAUUCCGCUCUAUAUAUUCUGGAAAUUCUGAGUGUCGCAUGGCUCAUAUCUGCACGAGCUAUGCAACAACAAAAUCGUUCUACAGGAUGUGAUCUUGAGAAAUUGGCAGCUAACGUUAUAUCUUCCACUAACUCUAAUGAAGUUUGGCUGGAAAAACUGAAGCUACGAGCACAUACAUUGCAAGGUAGUUCAAGGCUGGAUGGAGUAAAGGCGAAACAACAAGCUGUUCCAAAUAUUGGUUUCGAUGCUCGAUUUCACGGUGCUAAAUUCCAACUUACUGAUCAUCAGACAGUAAUCUUCAACCACGUACAGACCAACCAAGGUGCAGGGUACAAUGUCACGACCGGCCGCUUCACGUGUCCACAACAUGGAAUAUAUCAGUUUGCCUCGACUACUAGUAUUCCAUCCAAAGCGUUAGGUACCAUAGACUGUGAAAUGGUCAGGGAUAGGAUCCAGAUUGGACGCCUUCAUGCAAACACAAAGGGCGUUGACCAGGCAACACAAGUAGUGGUAGUUGAGUGUCGAGUCGGACAACAGGUAUGGAUCCGUCAUCUCCAUAGGGCUAACGACACUGCUACCCUCAUUGGAGUCACUUAUCUCCCAAGUUUUAGUGGUCAUCUUAUAUCUCUAAUGUAA